GCCUUGUGCAACCAGUUGCAUGUUUAUAUCUUGUGACUGGAAUAAAAUCUUUUUUUUUUUUUCUUUAAUCAUGUCUAAUUCAGAUCAACCUACAGGUGCAUUGGAUGCUGUGUUUGUCGAAUCAGUCGACAUGCCAGAAGGUUCUGUGCUUAUUCAAGGACCUGAUUUCAACAAAAAGCUUUCAUUGUCUGAUUUAUUGGGUGCUUAUAAACAAAUUGGCUAUCAAGGCAGUAGUCUUGGAGAAGCCAUAGAUAUUGUGAAAGAGAUGAGAAAAUGGAGAUUAUCAGAUGAACCUAUUCAAGCGGACGAAGCAAAAGAAUACCUGGAUCCUAAAGUGAGAGCAGAGACCAAAUGUAAAAUCUUUUUAGGCUAUACAUCCAACUUGGUGUCUUCUGGUCUACGUGAAAUCAUUCGAUUCUUAGUACAGCAUCAAAUGGUUGAUGUGAUUGUGGCUACUGCAGGGGGUGUAGAAGAAGACUUUAUCAAAUGCCUUGCACCUACCUAUUUAGGUGAUUUUGCAUUAAAGGGCAGCGAUUUACGUAAAAAGGGAUUGAACCGUAUUGGCAAUUUAUUGGUACCCAACAACAACUACUGUAAAUUCGAAGACUGGGUUAUUCCUAUUUUUGAUGCCAUGUUACAAGAACAAAAAGAGAAAAACAAGGUCUGGACACCCUCAAGCAUGAUUCAACUAUUAGGUGAAGAGAUCAAAGAUGAAUCUAGUAUUUAUUACUGGACAUCCAAGCACAAGAUUCCUGUCUUUUGCCCUGCAAUUACAGAUGGUAGUCUGGGUGAUAUGCUUUAUUUCCAUUCCUACAAGAAUCCUGGUCUGAUUGUAGACAUCAAUGCGGAUAUUCGUGCCAUGAAUAACCAAGCUGUGUUUGCUAAAAAGACAGGCAUGAUUAUCUUGGGUGGUGGUAUUAUCAAACAUCAUAUCUGUAACGCUAAUCUGAUGCGUAAUGGUGCUGAUUAUGCAGUUUAUAUCAAUACAGCACAAGAAUUUGAUGGAAGUGAUGCAGGUGCACGUCCUGAUGAAGCUGUGUCUUGGGGUAAAAUCCGUGCAGACAGUAAAUCAUGCAAGGUCUAUGCUGAUGCUACACUGGUCUUUCCUUUAAUUGUAGCAGAGACAUUUGCCAAAGAAUUCCAUCAAUAAACAUAUAUAUAAUGUAGAAUC